AUAUAUGGAGGCACGGCUACUCUCUCCGCACUCCUCUCUUCCGUCUGUCUCCGUUCCAUACCCAAUCAAUCAAAACUAUCAACUCAUUUCAUACCCCAUUAGCACGUGACGCUCUCUCUUCUAAUAUCCUUACUUUGCAGAGUUUCUCUUCUCAUUCCAGAAAACAACGACGACGACAAAUCAAAAGAUGAGUUUUGCUAGGAAAGAUUAUGAGUUUUUGAGUGAGAUCGGGCUGAGCUCUCGCAAUUUGGGGUGUUAUGUAGAUGGCACGUGGAAAGCAAAUGGCCCUGUGGUCACCAGUGUGAAUCCUGCAAACAAUCAGGCUAUAGCUGAAGUUGUGGAGGGUUCUGUUGAAGAUUAUGAGGAAGGCAUGCGAGCUUGCAGUGAAGCUGCUAAGAUAUGGAUGCAGGUUCCUUCUCCAAAGAGAGGUGAGAUUGUCAGACAGAUUGGGGAUGCUUUGAGAACUAAACUUCAGGAGCUUGGUCGUCUUGUGUCACUUGAGAUGGGAAAAAUACUUCCUGAAGGAAUAGGGGAAGUUCAAGAAAUAAUUGAUAUGUGUGAUUUUUGUGUGGGCUUAAGUCGACAGCUGAACGGAUCAGUAAUACCUUCUGAACGUCCAAAUCAUGCAAUGCUGGAGAUGUGGAAUCCUCUUGGAAUUGUUGGUGUGAUUACAGCUUUCAACUUUCCAUGUGCUGUUCUUGGAUGGAAUGCUUGCAUUGCACUAGUAUGUGGCAAUUGUGUUGUCUGGAAAGGUGCACCAACAACUCCUUUGAUUACCAUUGCAAUGACAAGGCUGGUAGCUGGGGUGUUAGAGAAGAAUAACUUACCUCCUGCAAUUUUUACAUCCUUUUGUGGUGGUGCUGAUAUUGGCCAAGCAAUUGCCAAAGAUACACGCAUUUCUCUGGUUUCUUUCACUGGCAGUUCAAAGGUGGGCCUAAUGUUGCAACAGACAGUUAAUCAGAGAUUUGGUAAAUGCUUGCUUGAGUUAAGUGGUAAUAAUGCUAUAAUAAUCAUGGAUGAUGCUGACAUCCAGCUAGCUGUUCAUUCGGUUCUGUUUGCUGCUGUUGGGACAGCUGGUCAGCGCUGCACAACAUGCCGCAGGCUGCUUCUACAUGAAAGCAUAUAUCAGAGAGUCCUUGAUCAACUACUUGAUGUAUACAAGCAAGUUAAAAUCGGGAAUCCAUUGGAAAAGGGCAACUUGCUUGGACCAUUGCAUACUUCUGAAUCAAGGAAGAGCUUUGAAAGGGGAAUAGAGAUAAUUAAGUCCCAGGCAUGUAAGAUCUUAAUAGGUGGUUCAGUGAUAGAAUCCGAGGGGAAUUUUGUGCAGCCCACAAUAGUUGAGAUUUCUCCAAAUGCUGACGUUGUUAAAGAAGAAUUAUUUGCUCCUGUUCUUUAUGUUAUGAAAUUUCAGACUUUACAAGAAGCAAUUGAAAUAAACAAUUCAGUUCCCCAAGGAUUAAGUAGUUCUAUCUUCACCCGCAAACCUGAAAUUAUCUUCAAGUGGAUUGGGCCACUAGGAAGUGAUUGUGGAAUUGUGAAUGUAAAUAUACCAACCAAUGGUGCCGAAAUUGGUGGUGCUUUUGGUGGCGAAAAGGCUACAGGGGGUGGCCGUGAAGCAGGGAGUGAUUCUUGGAAGCAAUAUAUGCGACGCUCAACUUGUACAAUCAAUUACGGUAAUGAGCUACCACUGGCACAAGGAAUCAAUUUUGGGUAGACACCCAUCAAGGUCCAGCAUGUCCACUCUUCUAGCAAAGCAAAAUUCCUGAAGGAUUCUAUAUUUCCUGAAGGUUCAAGAGCUGUUCUGUCACCCUUUGGGUAUUAUCAUCAGGUUUGCUGGCCUGAAAUGUUCUAGCAGAGCUGUGGUCAAAGAUCUUUCCUGUUUACAACCAGCUUUUCCCUGGAUUAAUUAGAAUUACUUGCAACAAAUAAUAACAAUGAUGUCUCCCAAAGAACAAAGAAAAUUGAUGUUUCAUUAUAGCGAUUCUUUGGUGUUCUUGUAGCUGUAAAACACGAUUUACAUUUUAUUAUUUCACGGACAACUUGAAUUAA